GACAACGUGAGACGAGCUUAUUCCGUAUUAGAUAUUUAUUUGUUAUUACUUUCUGUUGUUUACAAAGAAAACAAUGAUUUGGCGAUGAACAUUGAGUAAUAAAUUAGAGUUCUUAAUGUAAAAUAAAAAGAAGAGAUUUCUUCGGUUGUGAUUUUACUUUUUAUAAUUGAACAGUGGAUGCUGCUUGUAAAAGGCUGAAAGAGUAAAAAAGAAGAGGUGCAGAUAGGUGGACGGAACAGAGAUGCGACAACGUCCUCGAGAAUACUCGAGGAGGCUAGGUUGAAGGCCUAUUCUGAAUGUCGCCGAACAUAACUGAUUGACGAAUCUUCUGACUGUGAUUAUUACGGAAAAUGAGUUCAGAAGCUUGGGAAUUGGAAAGACGGUACUCAGUACCAGGAGCUUUGGAUACCAGAGGACUCGAACCACCAGCUAGCGAAGAUUUGCACGCGUGGUCUAUAUACAGACAAAACCUUAAUUCUGAUUUCACGGACUCAGCACUAGGUUCGGCCGAAAAAUCACCGUUGCCGUACGGUAACUUUCAACUUCGAGAUUCAACGGUACAGAGUAUACUAAGACAUCCGAGAUAUGGUCCAAAGAGUCCACUUGCCAAUAACUCAUAUACCUAUUUGAAAUUUGGUCUACCGCGUGUACUACCACCAACUUCACGCAAUCGUGAUGGUUCUAGCGGUUAUGACUCUAGUGAAGAAGGUCGACGUAUGUCGCAAGUUGGUGCAGCAUCUGCACCAGGUAUCUCGGCAAUGCGUUCUGCUAGAAGUGAUCCAGAUUUUAGACACGUACACGCUUUACCUAGAGAACAAGCGCACUCCCAACUCACGGUAACUAGGGAUAAUUCACGUUUUAGAAGCGUCAGCGAAGCAAAUUUGCUUCAAAAUGUUGUUACGACUAAUCGACGACACAGUAUUGCACCAAUCGAUCCCGGUUAUGCAGGACCUAGUCACAAUAUCUUAAGACCUGAAGAUUAUACAAUGUCAUUGAGAGCUGUAGCUUGCAUUCAGCAUCCACAUUUACAACUUCGCGGUGUAGAGACUAUAGGCUCAGAUGGCCUACCAUUACUUCGCGGUAUUAAUUUGGAAGUUGGAGCAACUGAAGUAUUAGCUAUAAUGGCCACUACCGAAAAAGAAGGGACACAAAUUGUAGAGACAAUCGCUGGCAAAAAAGUUAUCAAGAAAGGUGAUAUUCUUUUGAAUGGCCGAUCCGUAUCCGCUCGUAUUUUGAGAUCUCGCGUUGCUUACUUACCAACGGAGUGUGGACUAACUCCUGGUCUGACAACGCAACAAACUUUAAAUUUCUACAUGUUGUUAAAAGGAGGAAUUAAUAUUACAACACUAGAAGCCGAGACAAUACUCUUGGAGCUUGGAUUGGAAGCAACUAAACACUGUCUUGUGAAUACAUUAACGACGUCCGAGGCACGCAGAUUAGCUCUAGCUUGUCGUCUUUUGCAAGAUUCGCAUAUUCUUACAUUAGAUAGACCUACGCAUGGCUUGGAUAUUUUCGAUGCUUUCUUUUUGGUAGAAUAUUUAAGACAAUGGGCUGGAAGAGAGCAAAGAGUUGUUAUUUUAACAUUGCACCCACCAACUUAUGAAAUAUUAACAAUGAUAUCCAGAGUUACCCUCACUUCAGGAGGUAGAAUUAUGUAUUCUGGACUUAGAAGAGAUAUGUUGCCAUAUUUUGCACUUGCCGAGUUUCCCUGUCCUUCCUUCAAAAAUCCAUCAGAUUAUUAUCUUGAUUUGGUAACUUUGGACGAUCUAUCGGCAGAAGCUAUGUUAGAAUCCUCACAAAGAAUAGACCAUUUAGCAGAAUUAGCUAGAACGAGAUUACCAGCUUUAAGCGAUCCUGGACCACCUUGUCCACUGCCGCCAGCUAUUUCCAGUGCUAAUGUAUUUGUACAUAUUUAUGCUCUGUUAUUGAGGAUUCUUAUCUACAGUCAACCUCUAACAAUGACAAAAAUGCUUCAGAAGAUUGUUAUUUCAGCAUCUCUCAGUAUUUUAUUGGGUGCAAUAUUUUGGAACGUUGCUAGAGAUUCUAAUCUAUAUCUGAGAGAUAGAAUAGGAUUUCAUUAUGCCAGUUUGGGUAUUUUUUGCUGGCCUCUUAGUAUUUUAGCUAUACGUGAAGUCGCUAAUUGUAGACCAAAUGUAGAAAGGGAUAUCAGAGAUGGACUUUAUGGAAGAUUUAUCUAUAUCUUUAUAGAACUAUGUUGUGAUUUACCAAUUUGGUGUCUAGUAUAUUUAGUAUACUUAGCACCAGCAUUCGCGAUGUGUGGAUUACAUCUAGUACCUGAUGAAAAUUUAACAUCUUUGUGGAAUUACCUUGCUAUUGGUUUAUUAUACUUGAUGCUACAGCAUUUAAUAUGCAUACUUUUUGCUCAUAUAUGCAGAUGGACAUAUCUAGCAGCUUUAUGUUCUGCUAUUAUAAUUGGUGAAUUAAGUUUGGCUGCCGGAGUGACGUUACACUUAGAGAAUUUACCAUCGUGGUAUAGACAAAUUAGUCCCAUGCGAUGGGCACUAUCUUUAUUACUUCCCCCUCUUCAUGGUCCAGAAAGUAUGAGCAAAUUAACUAAUUGUAAACCUAAGCAAGUUCUACGCCAAGAUAUCAUUUUUCAAAAUACGUGUGAACCAUCAGAUGGUAGUUUAGCAUUACUUGAAAUAGCAUUUGAUAAAUUUGAUCUACAAAUAGAAUUGUGGAUGGGUGUAGGAGUAGCUAUACUUAUUGUACUUAUUAUGUUGGCAUUUUUAAGUAUUAAGUAUAAUGCUUUAAAACGACCUCGAAGUGCACCGAAUAAACCUUAAAAGACAUUAAUCAUGUAUCAAAUGGUA